CCCCUUCCCGCCUAAUUCUAAUGGAGAAAAAAUCCAGAUCGAGGAUGUCCAUGGCGGAGCCGCAACGAAGAACCAGUUGGGAGCUCCCGCCUCUCGGCCGCUCCUCCGCCCCACGAGAGACUGGCGCGGUGGCCACGGGCGUGUGCACAGAAGCAGAGGCUGCCAAGGAACGGCAGAAAGGGAGGACGCGGCGGCGGCCGAGCUCCGACUAGCUUUCCCCUCCGGCAGCUUCCGCACGCCAAACCGGGCGCGGAAACGCGGGAUGAAAACGCCGAGGCGGGACUGGCGCCACAGUUCAGAGGAAUGUUGGCUGCAAGCCACCCUCCUGUUCAGCCUCGCCCUCGUGGGAUUCCGUGGAAAGCUUAUUUCGGGGCUGCCGCUCCUUUCCCGCAAGGGGGACUCGAAGGUGCUGGAGCAGCUCCUCCGGCUCCUCGAGGUACGAGCGCUGGGGACGCUAAGCUUUCCCGCCGCGCGCGUGGCUGUCUGGCUUGCGCAGGAGGAGAGGGAAGAGGCGCCGGCGUCCCCCAUCUCAGGCGCGGCAGACGGCGGGAGCAGGCGCUGUCGGGAGGCGCGCGAGCCCCUCUUGGCAGCCCAGAGGCAAAGCCGUCGGCCGCGGCCACCCCGAGAGAACCUGGAAGCGGGAGCCGCCUCGCCCGACCCCGGGGAGAAAAAGCGAGGCCUCAGUCCGGAGGCUGUAGACUUAAAGGGAAGGCAGGACUAUUUGGAAUACUGCUAUUUAUUACCAAAGGAAAAUGAACACUCACGAGGAGAAGGACAAAGAGAGUGUGAUAAGACUGAACGAGUUGAUUGGAAAGAGAGGGACCAUCCCACUUCUGCCUUCUUGGAUCACAGAAGUACUAUUGAUUCUUCUUUCUCCUUGGAAGGUUACUUUCCAAAGUUAACAUCCCUCUCUGAAAUUGCCUUGGAAGAACACGUGAGCAACACUGGAGGUGUGAAUUUGACAAACGUUCAGAACCCUAUAGAUUUGGCCCAAGCUAUUAGCCAUGAUGUGAGCCUUCAUGAUGCCACAGUGAUGGGAUCAGACCAUCCUAAUGUAACAAAUGCAGAGAGGAGGAAUUUGGAGAGACUGGAGAUUUUGCCUGACUUAAACACAUAUCCAACUAAUGGGACCAACAUGUUGGAAUUAUUUGCAUAUGAUAAUUGCUGCAGAAACCUUACAAACCAAGAUUUUUUCUUCAGCCUGAAUGCAAAUAGGUUUGAGGAAAUAAAUUUCACAUCAUUAACCAUGGAAGAAAAUUUUGACUCUGCAGAAACUUGCCUUUUUGAAGAAUGGGAUUCAGAUUCUGGUCUUUCUUUGGAUCUAAAUUAUAGUAAUUCAUCCCUUGUUUUUACCUAUAACAAGGGUGCCAAAUGUGGUACCUCUGAUGACUUAGGAACUAUAGGAGAUAGUUGCCUAGAACAUGGCAAAUAUUGCCAUACAGAAUAUCAAAGCAAUUAUGACUAUGGCACAGAAUCACUAGUAAGUGUAUUCCAUGAUCAUACAUACAAUCAGAAUAUACAACAGUUGACGCUGUCGACGUCACAGGAUUAUUUCAGGUGGCCGGAAGAAUCCAAAAGAACUGAAAAAGAUAAAAAUCUAAAUGAUGAUGAAUACCGAGCAAAAGCUCUGAGAAUUCCAUUCUCUGUUAAUGAUAUAGUGACCUUGCCUGUAGAGUCUUUUAAUAGCAUGUUAUCAAACUAUUACCUAACUGCUAAUCAACUCUCACUCAUUCGUGACAUAAGACGGAGAGGAAAAAAUAAAGUUGCUGCCCAAAACUGUCGCAAACGUAAACUAGAUGCAAUUAUGAACCUGAAAGAUGAAGUGUAUCAUCUUCAAAUGCAAAUGGAAAGGCUUAAGAAACAGAAGGCACAAUACAAAAGGUCAAUUGGCAACGUAAAACAAAAACUAAAUGAUCUUUGCUGGGAUUUUUUUAGUAAAUUGAGAGAUGACCAAGGAAAAAGUGUUAAUCCAAGCCAAUACACCCUUCAAUGUUGUGGAAAUGGUAUUAUGCUAAUUUUACCUGAAAAAGAAAUCAAUCUGGAGCCCAAACAGUUAAAUGAUUAAAAUGACAGACAUAAACAUUUAAAAUGCUUUAGCAAUGGAAAUGGUUAAGGGUUGCAUUUGCAGGUGAGCCAGAAGAAAAUAAAUGUGAAGUGCAUUCCUUGCCUACCUUGAAUACCAUUUUAAAGAAUUCGUGCCUAAUCAACUUUAAAAUAGAUUAAACCUCAUUUUAUAUUCUGCAUAAUUUAUUUAGCUUGUUAAGCUUGUGUGUAU